AUGCAGAGCUACAUGAAUCCAGAAGAAGACUACAAUUAUUAUAAUGAGAUAAAUGCAAAAAAGUAGUAAGACUUUAAUGCCGGAUUUAUUCAAGAAGAAGUCAACGAGGUUCAGAGUCAUACUACCGAGUAACCUGGAUAAAUCUUCAAUAAAUUUGACUUUAAUUUUGAUGAUAUAAUGGAGUCAGGUCUAAAACUGAAAUCAGCUAAAGGGUAGCUAUUAGGCAAGAAAUUUAGACAUAAUACAGAUGAAUAAUAGGUCAGCAAGUCACUAUCAGACAGACUAUGCCAAAAAAGUAAAAUCUCUUUUGAGAAUUUUAAAAUGGAGAUUCUCGAGUCACUUUUUGAGUUCCUUGAUACUAAUUUCUUAGUUGGUUACCUGUGCAAAUGCUCCAAAACUCUGAGCUCUUAAUUGAACCUUUAUUUACAAGAGUAUUGCAAAGAUAUUCAAAUAAAAAUUCCCAAGGUAGAAAACAUUAGAAAAGAAAAUAAAGGAAUUGAUGAUUUACUAACUUGGAAUAAAGAAGUGUAGUUCCUCAUUAAUAAUCUUAGCUCAGCUUAGAAUAUUCAGAUUGUUUGCUAGGAUUUUAAAAUAUUUAAUCCACUUAAUGAGAAAUUAGUUGGAAACUCGACUUUCAAUAAUAUAAAGAAGUAUGAUGUGGGCAUUUUCGAUGAGGAGAAAUUUCCUAAAUUUAUUACAUAACAAUCAGUACUUUACUCGUAAACCUUAACAAGCCUCACGCUUAGAUUUAAUAAGCUAUCUGCUAUUACUUCAGAAUUGAUAGUCAGGUUCUUCAGAGAUAAUAUGACUAUGGAUUUUAGAUAAAAUAUUAACAUAAGAUAAUUGAGAAUUGAAUAUAAUGACAGAGAAAGAGAAGCAAUUUUGAGUUUAAUGACAGGAGUACUAAAAGACAAUCCUUAUCUGUAAGAAUUCGAGUUAGUUUCACUUAAUGGCUAUACCUUCCUUAAUGUUAAUAAUCUGAUUGAAAACUUUGAAGAUUAUUUUGUUGGGCCAAAUCUAAGGAAGCUUAUUCUUCGAGAAUCAUUCAGAUUUACUGAUAAAACAAGAUUUUUGGAAGAAGGAACUAACAAUAUUGAAGAAUUAGUAAUUAACAAAACAAUAUUGAAUUAGAAGUUUUUCAAGUUAUGCGAAAGGCUAAGAAUUCUAAAAUUAUGCCCCAUCAAUUUUUCAGCAGAACAAUUUGAAAUAAAUUUCGAGUAGUUUGUAUUUGUGAUUGAGUAGCUUGCCAGUAACUAAACUUUGACUUAGUUCGAAAUAGGAUUGAGACAUGGAAAUAGGAAAAAGAAGAUAUUCAAUCAAGACCUUUACGAAAAAGAAAGAAGAUAUAUGACUCUUUAAUUAUCAAGCGCUCUUGCUAAAGUUUUUGCAAACAAUAAAACCUUGUCAUGCUUAGUUGUAUAAUAUAAGCAUGCCAAUUUUGAAGAUUGUAUCAAAAUCGCUGAAAAUUUGAUAUGCUCUGUAAAAGGAAGAGUUAAUAAUAUUCGACUAUUUAACAAUUUCCCAAUUUAUGACUAUAUAUUUGCUCAUUACCCAAAGCUGAAUCUGUGUGACUAAGCAAAUGAUUUUGAUUAUGCUUAUUAUGAUCCAAUCUAUUGUGCUAUAGUGGUAAAAAUACUCCUACUUCAGUCUUAUAAUCUUAACAAGAUUCAAUUUAAUCCAAACUUAAAUGAAAUUGAAGAAUUUAAGAAAAGGUUGAUAUAAGAAGAAAAAGAUUAAUAUUUGCAUGGAGAAGAGAAAGCAAAAUAUUUUGAAAAUAACAUUAAUAAUUAUGCUUAAGCAGUGACCAAAAUGUAUACUAAAUACUGCGAUCCAUUUGAUCAAGUACUUCUAAGCUCAUUAAAAGGUAUAGUAAAAGAAGAGAUUGGUUCUGAAUUCAUUAAUAGAUUUGAUUUAGGGUAUAUUCCCAAAAAGUAUCAUAUGAUUUUACUUUUCUUUCUAAGAAUGAAUCAGAGGAUAAGUACUCUUCAUGCAAGAGGGGUUAAUUUGAAAGCUGAUUUGAUUAAAAAUCUAUUAAAAGAUUUUGUUAAUUUAAGAGAAUUUACACUUUCAUUUUCAGAGAGUGAAUCUAAAAAAAGAGAAAUAGGGGCUUUAAUCCAAUCAAUUCUAAAUAAUUGGCAGCAGGUUGAGUUUUUAUCGUUAGAAAAUUUUUAGUUCAAUGUUGCUUAAUACAAUGAUAAUCAACUCUAUAAUAAAUUAAAUGGCACAUAAAUUAAGCAUCUAAUGAUAAAUGAUGUAUAUGUUUACUCUACUAAGCUUUACUCUAAUCCUACUAAGCCGAAACCCACUCCAUAUCAAAGAAAUCAGCAAGAAUAACUAUUAGAUACUGUCCCUGAAAAUAGAAAAAUUGAGACUAUCAUUCUUCGUGAUAUGAGAUUAGCUUAUGGAAUGUAAUAUGAAACAGAAUUUUUGUCAAAAUUCGUGAAUCUCAGAACUUUAAUAAUAGAAAUAAAUGAUUUGAGAGGAUCUGAUAGGAAUUCAUUUCCAAAAAUGAUUUAGGAUAUCACACAAUCACUCAGCUGCCUAAGCCAUUUAGAAUGUGUUGAAUUAAACUAGAAACCUGGGAACACAAGUUGUACAUUUGACGAUCAUGAUAUAGAAAGUGAAUAAUCAGUUGCAUUUUUAAGAGCAUUUGAAACUUUAUUGCACAGGAAUAGGGAGCUCAAAAGAAUAAAUAUUUUCUUUCCUCUUUAAAUAUAAGAUCUUGGGAAAUUUUCAGAUAUUGCAAUCCCUAAGAUUAUUGGAUAAGAUGGUGAAAGUCUUCUCAAUUUCUACUCAUUAGAUUGUGAAUCAAUAAGAGAAGAUAAAAUAUAGCCUGAUUUCAUGAUUAAUAGUUAUAACUGCUACUAAUCUAAAUAAAAAGAAGUCAUAAAUACAAAGAAUUACAAAUAUAAAAAAGGCAUUGCAAGUUUGCUCCCGCUGGUAGUUCUAAAAUUGAUGUCUUUCUUAAGAAUCCCUAACAAACUACAUCUAUUUAAAAAAGAGAUUAACAUUGAGGAGGAAAUUGAAUUUAACACUAUUUUAAAUAUGGCUAACUACAAAACAUGCUUGAACUCUGAUCUGACAGUUUUGAUUGGAGUAUCUUUAAUGAAAAACCCUAGAAUCUAAAUAUUACUUCUGACUAAUCUCAAUAUUUAUGAUAUUGACAUAUAGAUUUUGACUUAAAAUUUGAAUAAUCUAGCAGAACUUAAGAAAUUAUCCUUCAAAAGAAGUACAUUUAUGGAUAGAAUUAAGGAACUUGAUAGAGUUUUAGCAUGUAUUCCUAGCUUAGAAGAAAUUAACUUAAAUAUGACAAAUAUUCUUGCAAUGCUGACAUCACCAGCUGAAUUUUUUACUGCCUUAGAAAAAAAUAUGACAGUAAAAAUAUUUCAUGCUGCUGCUAUAUCACAGGAUAAUGAGGAUGCAAAAAAGAUGAAAUUUUUAUUGAGAGCAGUAAAGAAAAAUAACAAAAUAAAAUAUUUAAAUAUAUCAGAAAAUUAUCUGACAUCAGCUUGCUUUCAUGUAUUAAAGGAUACAUUUAUAAAAAAUAGAAGAAUAAAGACUCUUAAAUUUUAUCUUGCCUCUUCAGAUAAACUCUUUAAUGAGAUGUUUGUUGAGUUGUAAAGAUUUUUUGAGGAAAUAAUUAGGAGAGCAACUACAUUAGCUUUAAGAAAAAUAAUAGUAUCUAAAGAAAAUCAAAUCAAAUUCAAAAAGGAAAUUUCAGAGGAGAAGAGUGUCCUUUAUAUUGGUGAAGGAAGGUAAUUAGCAGAUAUAGUGUUUUACAUUGAGAAGAGUAAAAGAUUUAUAGAAGCAAUAAAAAGUAUCGUAAUCAGAGGGAGACUAGGGGAAAGUAAAGAAUUUGCCCUCUAUCUCAAUGAAUUCUUUAAAGAAUGCAUUAAUUUAGAGACAAUUAUGUUUGUAAAUACAAAUCUUGGUGGAUUGAUGAGAAACUCAAAGAAUGUUAAUCUAUUCAGAGAUUUAAAGAGCACUAAGCUAUAAUAUGUCAACUUGACUAGCACUGAUCUGAAAAAUAAUAUUGUUGAGAAGAUUGUUUUGUCUCUGAAACCUGUUAGAUCUAUGCAGAAAUUAAAUAUUUCAGACAACCCUGAAGUGGAACUAGCUCAGUUAAAUCAUAUGUUCAAACUCAAGAAGAUAAAAGUUAAUGUUUAGGAUGAUUACAUGAUAACAUUCCCAGAAUGA